AUGAAUCUGUUGAAGUGCGCUUUUGGAGUUACUUCUGGGAAGUUCCUCGGUUUUAUUGUUCGACAUCGAGGUAUCGAAAUUGAUCAAGCUAAGGUGGAUGCUAUCUUGAAAAUGCCCGAGCCUAAUGAUAUUCAUGAAUUAAAAAGCUUGCAGGGUAAGUUGGCAUAUCUUAGAAGAUUUAUUUCGAAUCUGGCUGGAAGAUGCCAACCAUUUAGUCACCUCAUGAAGAAAGGGGUUCCUUUUGAAUGGGACCAAGCUUGCAGAAAUGCUUUCGAAAGCAUUAAGUCUUAUCUGAUGAAAUCUCCAGUACUGGCAGCCCCCAUACCUGGAAAGCCAUUAAUAUUAUACAUUUCAGCACAGGAAAGGUCAGUAGGAGCACUUCUCGCUCAAGGAAACAAUGAAGGCAAAGAAAAUGCGCUUUAUUACUUGAGUAGGAUGAUGACGCCAAAUGAGCUCAAGUAUUCGCCUAUUGAGAAGUUAUGUUUGGCACUUGCCUUCUCUAUUCAAAAGCUGAAGCAUUACUUCCAAGCUUGCGUUGUGCGACUCAUCUCAAGAGCAAACCCUGUCAAGUUUGUCAUGUCUAAACCAGUCCUAAGUGAUCGAUUUGCGAGGUGGUACCUCCAGUUUCAACAAUUUGAAAUUGUGUAUGUUCCUAAAAAGGCAGUAAAAGGACAAGCAUUAGUAGACUUCCUAGCUGACCAUCCGAUUCCAGAUGAUUGGGAGUUGUCUGAUGAAUUGCCUGAUGAAGAUGCAAUGGUCAUAGAAAUUCAACCUCCUUGGAAGAUGUAUUUUGAUAGCGCUGCACAUCGUGAAGGAGCUGGCGCUGGAAUAGUGUUUAUCACUUCUCAAGGAGAAGUUUUGCCCUAUUCUUUCACUCUGACACAACGGUGCUCCAAUAAUGUUGCUGAAUAUCAAGCGCUCAUACUUGGGCUUGAAAUGGCUGUGGAUAUCAAACAAUUGCAAUUACAAGUUUUUGGAGAUUCCAAGUUAGUGAUCAAUCAGAUUUUGGGUAGCUAUGAGGUCAAGAAGCCAGAGUUGGUGCCAUAUCACAAAUAUGCUCAAAGAUUGGUAAGUUGGCUUGGAGAGGUAACUAUUCAACACGUGCCGAGAAAGGAAAAUAAGAGAGCUGAUGCAUUAGCAGCCUUAGCUUCUACAUUAUCUUUGCCUGAUCAGACACAAGUCGCUGUUUGCCAAAGAUGUGUAGUUCCUCCACCAAAUGACUAUGAGGAAGAAGAAAGCGAAGUUGAGCAUAUUGCUUCCGUUCUUGAGGUUGAAAUUGAAGACUGGCGACAACCACUAAUCGAUUAUCUUUGUUACGGUAUAUUGCCGGAAAAUCCUCGAAGGAAAACGGAAAUCCGAAGGAGAGCCCCUCAUUUUCUUUAUUACAAGAAUACACUCUACAAACGAUCAUUUGAUGGAGUGCUCCUACGUUGUUUGGGGACUGAUGAAUCCCUUCAAGCCUUGCAAGAAGCACACUUUGGAGUAUGUGGUGCGCAUCAAUCUGGGCCAAAAAUUCAUUUCCACAUAAAAAGAAUGGGUUAUUAUUGGCCAACCAUGGUGAAAGAUUGUUUAGAUUACGCUCGGAGGUGUAAAGCUUGCCAAUUCCAUGCUAACUUCAUACAUCAACCACCUGAAGUAUUAUACCCAACUUUUGCCUCUUGGCCGUUUGAUGCUUGGGAUUUAGAUGUUGUUGGUCCAUUGCCGAAGUCUUCUGGUGGACAUCAAUAUAUUUUGGCCGCAACUGAUUACUUUUCGAAGUGGGCAGAAGCUGUUUCUCUUAAGGAAGUAAAGAAGGAAAAUGUAGCUAACUUCAUCCGAGUAAAUAUUAUCUAUCGAUUUGGCAUUCCGCGAUAUAUAUUGAAUGGUAAGCCAUUAGAUAACAAGUUGAUGAAUAAAAUAUGUGAUCUUUUUGGCUUCAAGCAGCGCAAUUCCUCCAUGUAUUAUGUUGCUGCCAAUGGACUUGCUGAAGCAUUUAACAAGACACUCUUCCUUCCACUUGAGCGUCAAAUCCCAUCGUUGCGGCUUGCCAUUCAAGAAGGACUCACUGAUGAAGAAAAUGUUCGGUUACGCCUUGAAGAAUUGGAAGCUCCUGAUGAAAAGAGGCUAGAAGCUCAACAAAGCCUUGAAUGUUAUCAAGCUCGCCUGUCUCGAUCAUUUAACAAAAGGGUACGCCUUAGAUCUUUCCAAGUGGGUGACCAAGUUCUUGUGGUCAAAAGGCCUAUUAUUACCUCUUGUCGAUCUGAGGGCAAAUUCUCUACUAAGUGGGAUGGACCAUAUAUCGUACAAGAGGUAUACUCAAGUGGCGCUUACAAGAUAGUUGACUCAGAAAGUUUGCGGAUUGGCCCUAUCAAUGGGAAAUUCAUGAAGAGAUACUAUCCUUGA